GUUGCAAUGCCUCUAAUGCCUUCCCCUCCUCCUAUAAAGAGAGAGGCAGCCGUCGGGAUGGAGACCUCUCAAUCAACAGAGCUUCAAGUCUUUCUCUGGUGCUGUCCUGACCAUGCCUAUCUUCAAAGACAGGGACCUUGACGUUCCCGGCACUGAGCUUCUGAUCGAUCUUCAACACGACCAGAACGUUCCCCAUGGCAGCUCCGAUAUUAUCCUGUUGCCCCCUCCCACGGCCUGUGAGGGCGAUCCUCUCAAUUGGUCCGAUUUCAAGAAAUACUGGCAUCUUCUCCUUGUCUCUGCAUAUGCCUGUAUCUUUUCAUUUGCCGAGAACAACACCGGAGAUGCUUACUCGACAAUCGUGGACAUGACUGGGUCCACCAUGACCAUCAUGAACGGUGGUGGAGCAUUGAACUAUCUCAUGCUGGGUCUGGUGAAUAUCUUCUGGAUUCCAGCGGCUAUGAAGAUUGGUCGUCGCUUUUGUUUCCUCGCAACCUUACUCCUUUGCAUUGGCUCCUCCAUCUGGAUGGGCGCUUUUCAUACUGCGGGUGAAUGGUAUGGAUGCAAUAUCGUCAAUGGUCUCGGUACCUCCGCCUACGAAGCUGUUAUUCAGCUCGCAGUAUUUGACCUCUUCUUUGACCAUCAGCGCGGUCGCAUGCUGGGUUUCUACAUCUUUGCUCAGCAGCUAGGUUCUAUCAUUGGUCUGGUCUCAGGUGGAUAUAUUGCUGACGGACCGGGCUGGCGCUGGGCUCAGUGGGUGGUCUCCAUUGGAGAAGCGGUGUUGAUCAUUAUCUUCUUCUUCACGUAUGAGGAGACAUUGUUUCCCCGUUUUCUCUUCAACCCUUCGCAGAGCUUGCCUACGGCCGAGACCAAGGCAAAGAGCCCGAUUGAUGCGACCGAAACCGCCUCUCUGGACAAGAAGGAUCCCGCCACAAUCGAUAAUGCGAGUGUGAACGAGGGAUCAGCCAGUGAUACAAUUCCAGCGCCGUCUGAAUUCCCCAAACGGACGUUCAAAGAGAAAUUGAGACUCUGGGUAUAUUACCCGCAAGAUAAAACCACAUAUUGGUCUUACUUCAUGCGACCAUUCUUCCUGCUGGCUUUCCCUAACAUCAUUAUUGCUGGUAUUAUCUUCGCCUUUGGCUGCACCUCUGGCAUCGUUACCAAUAAGACCAUCUCCGAGAUUCUUACUGGCGCGCCGUACAGCUUCACUGACGGCCAGACCGGCCUUGCCUAUCUGUCUGCUCUGGUUGGCAGCAUCAUUGGCUACCUUACUAGUGUGAUGGGUGAUAAGAUUGUCAUCUACCUCGCUCGUCGCAAUGACGGUGUUAAGGAGCCUGAGAUGCGUCUCUGGGCUCUGACGCCUUGCUUCAUCUAUUCGGCGGUGGGAUAUGAGCUUUAUGGCUGGGGUGCCCAGGAAGGUGCCCACUGGAUGACAAUCACUGUGGGAAUUGGAGCGAUGAUUGCUCAGCAGGUAGCUGCAACAUCAACAGCAACCGCCUAUGCCAUGGAAUGUUUCCCCGGUGUUGGGGGUGAGAUUGUCGUGAUUCUCGCCAUCUGCAGCUCCAUCAUCAACUUCAUCAUCUCCGAGACCACACAACCGUUCUACGAAGCCACCGGCCCCGGCUGGCUCUUCCUCUUCUACGGGAUCUGCGUGAUCAUCUCACUAGCAGCCGGAAUGGCCGUCUACAUCUGGGGCAAGAAAUGGCGGAGGAAAUGUGCCCCGAGAUACUACAAGUUCCUGCAGGAGCGAGGAGGAAACACUAUCUAAACCAUCACAAUAUAUACCAAGCUAAGACCAACACGAAACAUCAUGGCUUGCUUACCUGCUUGCUUCUAUCACCAAAAUGAACCAACGUCAUUAUCUAC